AUGACCACCAGAGAAACGGCAAAAGAAGCGGUGGAAGCAAUUGCUGCGAAGCUCGGAUAUGUUGAUUUGGCGAGCUUGGAUCGCAUUGGGGAACUGUUUCCUGAGGAGCGACGCAUAAUUGAAGAGGGUCUGCGUAUCAAGGACGAGAAUAUAGGCCAUUCAAUCAAAGCACUUGCAAGAAACCUAUAUAACAGUAAUGCUCGGUUUGUCUUUGAGCUCCUGCAAAAUGCAGACGAUAAUCGCUUUACGCUCGCACGGGAACACGAUGAAAUACCCUUUAUUUCAUUUAGCAUCCAUCCCGAUCGUAUAAUUGUAGACUGCAAUGAGGAUGGAUUCACGACUGAAGAUCUGGCGGCGAUCUGCUCUGUUGGCGAGAGCACCAAAGCCGGUUCUCAUGGCUACAUGGGAGCAAGGGGCAUUGGGUUUAAGUCCGUUUUCACCGCGGCGUGGAAGGUUCAUAUUCAGUCGGGCAAUUUUUCGUUUUCCUUUAAGCAUAGGAUAGGUGAUCUUGGUCUUGGAAUGGUUCUACCAGUGUGGGAGGACCCUGACUACGGAUGUCCCGAUUGCUUAACCCGAAUGACUCUUUAUCUUCACACGGAAGGAGACCCGCACGCGCUCGAGCACCUCCGCCAAACCAUUUUCCAGCAACUCAGUGAGCUUCAGCAAACUUCAUUGCUUUUUUUACGGAGCCUCAAGCACAUAAGAAUCUUCUUCCACGAUGAUAAUGGUGCGGUAAGGCAAUCUAAGUGUUUUUGUAUUCGAGAUGCGCCUGGCCACAAUGUCUUCCUCAAGACUAUUUUCAUUGGAGAUGCGAAUUAUACCACGGCUGAGCAACGCUACCACGUCACCAGGCACAAUGCCACCGGGCUUCCGACGAGCGAGAGUCGCUACAUCCUGGAUACACAGGAAACCGAUAUGACAUUUUCAGAGGCGGAGGUCGUCUUGGCGUUCCCUCUCACAAUGGAUUCAAAGCCUUUUUUUCAGGAACAGGAGAUAUGUGACUUUUCACCAGUCUGCGAGUCGGGCUUCAAAUUCCUGAUAAAAUCCGACUUUGACACUGCCGCAAAUCGGCAAGAUAUCUCUACGACCUCGAGAAGGAACCUUUGCCUAUUGCCUCAUAUUGCCUCGGCAUUUGUAAAGGCAGUUUUGGAAUUUUGCGAUGACCCGGAGUUGUGCUACUUAUGGCCAAGCUUCCUUCCUUCGUUACAAGAUGACAUGGAUAGCUUCUGGUCUCCCCUGGUUCCAUUGAUUAGGGAUUUGAUUGCCGUGACCCCGGUUUGCAGGUCGAGGCACGGUGACGGCCUUCAUGUGAUAAACUCCAUUGUAAUUCUUCCAGACGACUUUAUGGAUAGCGACGGGAAUCCAUUGCUGGACGACUCGAGCUUGGAUCCCUUCAUAUCCAGCGCCUAUCCAGCCGCGCUACAAGAGACUCUCGAAGAGUACGGACUCCGGAUGGGGACUUUUGAACUAAUUCUCAAAAUGCUGAAAAGCGAUCUUGAAAGCUCUACCUCUAGAGUCAAGUCGGAUGUUACCAGCGCAGACUUCCACUCCCGAAUUUCGCAACUUUUGUCGAGGAUUGAACAUGAGGACCAGGAUGAGAUGCAUAAUCUCAAUGAGCUUGCUAUUCUUCCUCUACGAAAUGGUGAAUGGGUGUCCGCUAAUAGCGGCCCGGUAUGCUUACCGAAGACAGGUGAAAUAGACAUCCCGGCCGACGUGGGUAUUCGCAUUUUGGACCCAGCAGCGGUUGCCAAUGAAGACCGUAGAGCUUUCUUCAUACGCUUGGGGGCUGUGGAACCGUCGGUCAAUGCUGUUCGAUCUGGAAUACUGGCGAAUUAUAGUCCCUCGUAUAGCGAGAUAUGCAUGGAAGAUUCGAAAGCACAUCUUCAUUACCUAUAUCUGACUCAUGACUGCGAUCAAAUGGAAGAUAACUUUGGCGAUAUUGAUAUUUACUGCGACGAUGGGUGUAUGUAUAAUCCAGACGAGGAAGAGAUCUAUCUGCCAAGCAACCAUCCAUAUGGACCAGAGGCUCUCCUAGGCCAAACAGAGUACUCCCCGGGCAUGGAACUUCUUGGGCUGUUGGAACAUCUCUGGAAAUACCAAAGGUCCGAACUGCAUCAUAAUGCUGAUCUCAUCAUGGAUAUUCAAAACACAAAUGCCACAAGACUUUGCAAUAUGGAGCUGCCCGUUGACUGCCGGCUUGACGAGACAUAUCUACCUCUACCUAAUCUUCAUGCCCUUUGUCAACGUUUUAUGGAGGAGGAUGAACCAUUUCCGUUCCUAUACCUUGGAGAAGGACUUUCGGAUGAGGAACUCUACUCCAAGUGGAUUUUUCUUCACAACGAUUUCUCAGUCGGGAAAGACGAUGACAUAGAUUUCCUUCUGACUGUGCUGUAUUGGAUCCAGAGCGCCAAUCCCGAUGAAUACACCCUUACCUCGUACGAGCGACUGUGGGAUUUAUAUAUUGCAAUUGAGGCAAAGCAACUUGCUGCCGAGGACAGAGUGGCUGCCAGGGACAGCAUCAAGUCUUUUUUUGAAGAUGGUGACUACAUUUUUGUUCCUGAACUCCAGGAGGAUGAUCCGUAUGAUCCAGCAUGGGCUGGUCUUGAGCACUGCCUGUGGGACGCACCGCCAAAUAUGUUGUCGAAGUAUUCUCUCAAAUACGUCUUUCAGCAAAUUCUCGAAGAAGGCCAACUCGAACAACUUUCACGAUUCUUCAGAUACACAUUGAGUAUUCCAGAUGCCUCUUGGUCAGAUCUGACAGAGGAACUGGUAGAGCGGAGCCAGAACCACUGCGUGGACUUCGACCAAAUCUUCGACAUGCGUGAAUUCGAGGAUGAAAGUCUGAUCUUUGUCAACACAAACGGUGAUCCCGGCUGGUACAAAAUUUCCGAGUGUUUGUGGUCGAGUACCACAGAUAUAAGUGGGAAGGUCACCCUGAAUGCUCAUUACGAGGACCUGAAAGAUUUCUUUGUUGAUACUUUGGGGGUACACACGCUGACCCUGCAGAUGGUAUAUGAUGAGCUGUUGGAAACACGCCUGGAAUUAACAAUGGACGAGACAAAACGUAAGAUUUGGUCUCUCAAUGGUUUCCUUCAAACAGAAGGAAGUUAUGCCGAUCCAGAACCGCUUUUGGAAAGAAAGAUAUUUCCCAUUGUUUUCCCAGAUGGAACGAAGGGGCUCACGGCUGCUUCUACGGAGUUCGCCAUUCCUGACCGGGAACACCUGGCAUCACAAUUCAGAGGCAGGAUCAAGAUGCUUGACUUCAGUCCGGAAGAAGUCCGUCGUCUGAAAUGCUUUUUCGAGUGGACAAAUCUCACACAUCGCUAUCUAUCUGCAUCUAUCAAGGAGGUAACCUCCUUCUCUGGGGAAACAGCACAAUUAGUUUCCGCGCCACACCGAGACUUGAAAAGAAAAGCGCAUGCAUUUCUCCGAGUCGCGGCCACGUUCAAUAGCCCGAGAUAUCACGCAAAUCCAUCCGGGCUUUACGAGCUGCUUCGCACGGCCAAGGUAGAAGCCACGGAUGGGGUUUCCUCGAUUCUGAGAAUCUCCCAAGAUGGCGUAGUGGUGGACGUUGAAGAAUUGAUUGGUAAGUUGCACAUCAGUGAAGAACCGUCUGGCCUCACUGUUUAUGUGCCGAAAGACAAAAAGGCCCAAGAACUUUGCUUUUGUGACCUUUUGCCUAAGCGACUAAUCGAUUGGCUCAUGCGGGAUCCGGCCACACAAAUUCCCCACAAAAUAGAAAGCGAUGCUAUAAUUGUAAUCUCCAUGAUCUUGAGUAUCGAUCCUUCCGCUACCAAUCUUAUUUUGGAACGACAGGGUAUCAUCGAAAUUGGCGUACUGAACGAAGACCACGACAUCGAUGAUGAUAGCAUUGAUGGUUAUAUACCAUCCCAACGGUCACAAAGUCAGGACCGAUCCACUGGUGAGGUUCCACUGGACUCACCGGAGCAAGUGAUUUUUCGACAAACCCAGAUGAUAAGCCGGCCGCCCAGCCGCGAUCGCAAUUGCCCAACACUGAUGUACUCGCCGCGUGACUAUAUAUCGGAGGAUACCGUGCAGUACCGUGCGCUCCUCAACAGUGUGCUGUUGGCUGCGAGGAGAGCCACAUUUCCCUCAGGUGGGCCUUUCAACAUGAGCCAGCUGAAUGAAGCGCUAUCGGAAGAAGGAAUUCUCCAUCAAUUCGAUGGUUUCGAUGGCAUUGACGUAAGGAAUGCGUUCCGCUCAGACAGCCAGCUUGAAAGAGACAAGAAAAUUGGCGCCGCAGGAGAACUCUAUGUUUUUGAAUUACUUACACAACUGGACCCAGCUCUAAGAGGCUGGAGUGCUCUGAAUUGGCAGAGCACAAUUCGUCGAUAUGUCAGGAUCCACCCGGACUACGCCAACAUGGCACCUUGGUAUGGGAGAGAGAGAGCAGAUAUUACAUAUGAUGAUUACGAGGGCGAUUUCACAGCCAUGCUCAUCAAUCGCGGGUACCUUGAGGCUGAAGAAUGGAGAGAUAAACGGCCGAAAUACUACCUUGAAGUUAAGACAACCACAGGGCCUUCGAAAACUCCUUUCUACUUGAGCAAGCAUCAAUAUGAAAGAAUACGUGCUGUGCAUAACAGGAGAGAUUAUUCAGAGGUUUACAUGAUUCUGCGCGUGUUUGAUAUAAGUGGGAAUAACAUUGGAAUGAAUGUAUAUUUUGACCCUGAACAGUUCAGGUUGGAUGGAGAACUUGUGUUUACUGGGGAGACUUGGUCAGUCAUUCCCGGCUAG